GUCUGGCAGACAGCUCAGACGUCCGUCGAUAUCGGCGCCGCAAACGCAUCAGGACCAGAAAAUGAGCGCCUCCGAGCACAACAACUCACAUCAUCUCGCCAACGACACGCCGUGGUUCGUCUAUGAGUGCACCAUCGAGCUGGACGCCGAGUACCGGCGCAUCUGCCUCUUCCUGCUCUACCUGUUCGUGUUCGUGGCGGGGCUGCUGGAGAACACGCUGGUGGUGUGGGUCAACUGGCGACGCCGCCACUCGGCCAACGGGGUCCUCUUCUGCGUGCUCAACGUCAGCCUGUCGGACCUGAUGGUGAUCGCCGUGCUGCCCUUCUUCAUGAUGGAGGUGACCGUGGACCGGGUGUGGCUGUGGGGCCGCUUCCUCUGCAAGCUCACCAGUCUCAUCUAUGGAGUCAACUUCUACAGCAGCUCCUUGUUUCUGGCCGCCAUGACCUUGGAGCGCUACCUAUCGCUCACCAGGCCGUCGUCGCCAGCCUUGUUCCCGGCGGCGGGCCGGCGGCGCUGGGCGCUCUGCGGAGGCCUGUGGCUGCUCUCCCUGUUCCUGGCCAUGCUGGAGAACAUGCAUGUGGAUCUUCUGGAAUGGGACGAGCCGGGCUGCUACAUGCUUCCCGAGGGCAGCUACACCGAGUGGUUUGUGUCCGUGGCCUUACUGUGCCUGAUUUUCCAGUUCCUGGGGCCCGCCUCGGUCAUCAUCACCUGCAACGUGCUGAUCGCCCGCACUAUCCGAACGGCGCCCGACGUGCAGGGCCGGCGGGACGUGUGGUUGGUCCACAUAUACUCGCUGGUGUUUGUUGUGUGCUGGCUGCCGUACCACUUGGUCGCGACGCUGAUGAUCGUGGGCGACCUCUUGCCCGAGCUGUUCAGCUGCAAUGUGGUGGAAUUUGUCUACUUCUCCUUCAGCGUGGUGCAGAGCCUGUCACUCUUUCACUGCGUGGCCAACCCCAUCCUCUACAACUUCCUGAGCAAGAGCUUCCGCGACAACCUGAUCAACGCUGUGGUCAGCCGCUUACCCGGUGAGGCGCUGGACGCGGGGACCGGGCCCAACAGAGGAGGAGGAGGCGACAAGGGCACACGCUGCAAGUCGAGUCAUGCCAGCACCAGCCAGUCUGAUGUCAGCUCUUGAUUGAAAAUCCAGAGGUGGCUGAAACCUCACCAGUUGACACUUGUUUCUUCGGUGGCUGUUCAAACAAGUGUACUACUUUACUGAUUAAUUCCCUCGUUAUCUUCUUCGGCACAGCUCGAGGUUUGUUAGGUCAACUCUGCUCCCACUUAGUGUAAGCAUACAAAGCCCCAGACAUGACACGUGGCCACAAUAUAGAUAGAACUGGCAUACCGAACGCUCAUUUGUGGCCACGAAAUACAAAACAUUGGGCUUUUGACUGAAAUUUUAGGAUGAAACUAAAAACGCACUACAGUCGACCCUUGCAUACACCCGCAGAUUCGAGCAUUUUUUUCAUCAUUUUCAUUUUGGGGGGAACCAACCCCGACAACGCUUAUUGGGGCUUUAUUCCCACUUAUUCAAGAAGAGGUGAACAUACCUUCCCUAAAUCUUUGACUGCACAUGUGCAAGAAUUUAAUGUUUCACAACUUUUUGCUGUUCCACAUCAAAGAGUUGGAUGGCAUAAUUCCCAACAGGUGUUCAAUUCAUGAAUCCAUCAAUGACCUUCCCGUCUCAUCCUUUUCACAUUUUGACAUCUUGAGACCAAGACGACACCUAACAAUUGAUCAACAGUACCAAUGAGUAUUCCAUGUGCACAUUAUACCCAUUUCGUAGCCAUUAUUAUUUUGGGGCCACAAUGUAUUAUAUCGUGGCCACAAUUUAAUGUCUUGCAGCCACAAUUUAUUAUUUUGUGGCCACAGAAGUAUUUUGAGCGAACGCUGCACCUGAUUCGUUCAAGUCAAAUGUGCUGUUUUAGCAGGAAAAAGUGCUACUGUGGUUCCAACACCAAAUCUUUACACUGCAGCAGUUCCCAAUCAUGAUGUAUCUAACAACAAGAUAAAAACCUUCAAACUUUCAAUAAAACACACAGUUGUCACCA